AUGAAGCAUCGGAGCAUCCGAACAUCGGAGAAGACAGGUUUGCUAGCUGCAGGUUUGGUAUUCUUCAUCGGUGCUGCCCUAUUCAUCUCCAGCCUCACCGAAAAUGGAAACUCAUUCAUUUGCUCUCUACCCAUUUUCGGCAAGGAUGAUAAAAUCCCCACAGCGAUUCAAUUACAUGCCAUUCUCCAUUACGCCACAUCACGAACAACACCGCAACUAUCCAAGGAUGAGAUCAGCCUCGCCUUUGACGUCUUGAAAUCACGAGCCCCAUGCAACUUCCUCAUAUUUGGCCUCGGCCACGACUCGCUCAUGUGGGUCUCAUUCAACCCACGAGGCACGACACUGUUCCUCGAGGAGGACCCCAAGUGGCUCAAGAAAGCCUUGCAGGAUGCUUCGCAGCUGCGUGCGGUACAUGUGACCUACCACACGCAGCUGAAGCAGGCGGACGACCUGCUCACAUCGUAUAAAUCCGAAACGAUAUGCAGGACGUCCGUGGCCGUGCUACAUGGCAACACACAUUGCAGGUUGGCAUUGAGCAACCUACCGGACGAGGUGUACGAGAGGGAGUGGGACUUGAUCAUGAUCGAUGGGCCUCAGGGUUGGUUUGCCGAGGCGCCUGGUCGGAUGAGUGUUAUAUUCGCGGUGGCUGUCAUGGCCAGGAAAAGGCGAGGUCCGGGAUCAACGCACGUGUUCUUGCAUGACGUUGAUCGGAAGGUGGAGAAGGCUUUUGCGGAGGAGUUUCUGUGCCGUAAAUACCUUGUGAACGCCGUGGGGAGGCUCUGGCAUUUUGUAAUUCCGUCCGCCGUUGAUGUCAACGAUACUGACGACGCAAGUUUUUGCUAGCUUGCUGGUACUU